GUGGAAAUAAUCUGCUCCUACACAUACCCAUACAGAGUAGAUGGUGUUACUACGACUGUGGAGGAAAGAGUCUGGUUCAAAGGGUCUGAUAAAGAACCUGAUGAUCUGACCACAGACUCCAUGUAUUCAGGUCGUGUGACGCUCAGUCAUGAUAAGAACAUCAGCACUCUGAGAAUCUCAGACCUGAGAGAGAGCGACUCAGCUCAGUACAAGUUCAGCUUCACAACAAACCAACCAGGAGGGAAAUAUACUGGUUCACCUGGAGUCAAUCUGACUGUCACAGAUCUCCAGGUGAAGGUAUCUCGUAAUGAUCACGGGGUAGAGUUGAGUUGUCAAAGCAGAUGUCUGAUAGAGAAGAAUCCUUCCUACAUCUGGUACAAAAGUGGAAACCAAAUGACCGGUGGAGGAUUCAGUCGUUUUGAAGACAACAACUAUGACAACAGUUAUUCAUGUGCAUUUACAAGAUAUGAGGAUCAUCACUCUCCAUUAAUCUGUCUUCCAGGUAGUAAAUACUGCAACAGAGUGAAUUACAUCAAGAGAAGAAUCUGUUCCCCCAAAGGAUCAUCAGUGAACAUUUCUUGUAUUUACGCUACUAAUAAAAACCCAGAGUCAAAGUUGUGGUUCAGUCGUGAUCGUAGUCAUCAGUGGAAGAAUCCCUCACAGCCUGAGGACCUCAGUAAAGACUCUCAGUAUUCAGGUCGUGUUCAAGUCCUAGAAACAACAGGAGGACGCUCCACUCUGAGAAUCAGUGACCUGAGAGAGAGGGAUUCAUCUGAGUAUCACUUCAAAUUCACAACACAAGGGUUUGAAUGGAGAAGUGUUUUACCAGGAAUAACUGUGACUGUCACAGCUCUGCAGGUGGAGGUGACCAGAAUAAUAUCAGUCCAUCAGUUUGAUACUGAGGCAGAGCUCAAGUGUCUCAGCAGCUGCAGUCCAGCUGAUCACGUUUCCUACGUCUGGUUCAAGAACAAACAGGAAAUCAGCAAACAGCAACUUUCUACUGUUGCAGUCAACUUUUCUCCUGGAGACAUCGUCUCCUGUGCUUUGAGAGGACAUGAGGAUCACCAGUCUCCUUCACUAUCCUCCAAAGCUUCCUUCUGCAUCAGUGACUCCUUCUGCUGA